CUCCCACUUGGACAGCGGAGAGAGCCAGGUCAUGGAACCCAUUUACGAUGUCCUCUACUAGCAACACAAUGAUGGCCCUAGAUGACUGUUUCCUCCGUAUUAUAGUGCCAGAAGAUAGUAAGUCAGAAAGCUACACAAGAAGCAGAGGCAGUAAUGAAUCUCCUAGGACCAGUAAGAGCACCAGAAGCAGCAGUAGUAGCAGAAUUAAUGAUUAUAGUAGGUGCAGUAGAGAAUGUGAAAGUGAAAGUUCUCAUGUUAACUAUUCUGAUGAUUUUCUCACUGACUAUUCUGAAUCAGCUGGCAAUAGCAAUUAUUUAGAACUGUCAGGAACCAAAGAGAAGAAACUAAAGAAGAAGAAAAAUAGGAAAAAUGGUCAGCCAAAAGGAGGCAAGAAGUUGCCACCUAAGAAGAUGCGAUUUCAGAAUAUUUCAUUUUUAAGUACUCAGAAUAAUAUGAUUUCCCAGAAAAAAGAUGCUACGGCUCAACGUAUAUUAUCUGCAAGACUUCACAAAAUUAAAGAGCUGAAAAAUGAACUGUCUGACCUCCAGCAUAAACUAGAAGCAUCAAACUUAGAAAACCAGCUUCUGAAACAGCUUCAGUAUCGGCACUUGAAAGCAAUAGGUAAAUAUGAAAAUGCGGAGAAUAACUUGCCUGAUCUUAUAGCAAAACAUUAUAGUGAGGUAAGAUCUCUAAGGGGACUCCUUAGGAAGUCUCAGGAACAGGAACGAAAUACAUCCAGGAAGCUUAGAGAAGUUGAAGCAGAGCUGUUAAAGACUAAAGAUGCCUUGCAAGUAUUGCAGAAACUUUCAGAAGACACGAAUCUUGCAGAGAGAGGGGAACUUACACAUAGAUUAUCAAUCCUUACAGAAAAAAUGGAAGCCAAUGAUAAGAGAAUACAGGGCUUAGAAAAACAACUGAAGUUGAACAGUAGCAUCUUUAGUCGUCAAUUGGCAGCUGAGAAUAGAAAGACUGUAGCAGCUCGGACAAUCACAAAGAACUUGCAAAUGGAAAUUAAGUCUCUUCAACAAAAAAUUAAGGAAAAGGAACGAGAAGUUGGUAUAAAAAAUAUCUAUGCAAAUCGAAUGUUUAAAAGUCUACAGGACAAAGCUGACCCAGUACCUCGCAAAAAAGGUGUUAGUUUAAGCAAAUCAGUACAAGUAAAUAAGCAGAAUUUUAAAUCAGCACAGGUUUCACAUCAUCAAAAUCAAGGAACAGUCAAGAGUGCAGCUCUAUGCCUAGAGGGAAAAAAAACAACUGAAGACAGAAAUCGAAAAGUAGAACCCUUUGAAGAUACAAAACAUAAGAUAGAAAUUGAACCAACCACGAAACCAUCAAAGCAAGAAACUUUUAAUAGAACAUGUAGAGAAUUUCUAAGUGAUGAAAUACAGCUCACAGAAGAAAAAACUCACUUUGAAUUUAUGGAAAGAAAGAAGAAAAAGAGAGAAGUGCAAGAAAGGAAAGCUGACUUACUGAAAGAAGAACUGGAGAAACUGAUGAAAGCAGGACAAACUCGACCUACAAAGGAUGUCCCAAUAAGGAAGAAUAAUCAGGAAAAAGUUGUAGCAGAAGAGAAUAAAAAGGAGGAAAGAAAAAGUAAACAACCAAGUGACAAAGAAGCAGCGGAUGAUAAAAGUGUAACUCCAACUCAAAAUAACAGAACACCCACUAGACUAAAAAAACAGUAUACAUUCACAGAAGCCACUGAAAACUUGCAUCAGGGGCUUCCUGCAUCAGGUCCAGUGUCCAACACAGGCAGCCUCCGCAAAAACAGACAAACAGGUCAGCACCAGAGUGAGACAGCUGAAUUGAAGGCAAGAAAUUCAUUUGGCAUAUAUGAGCCAUCAUUUGGUAAAGUUACCAAAACAAGGCAGAAAGAUGCAGAGGAUGGAAGCUAUGUUCGUACAACACUAAUAGAGAGGAAAAACUCUCUUAUGGAAGAACUCUUUGGACCAAGCUAUGUCUUAAACAACCAUUCAACCCCUAACACAAAAGGGCUUGAUAAAGAACAAACAAUUGUGGACAAUGAAAGGUUACAUAAUUAUACAAGUGAGAUUUCAAACACUGAUAGUGGUCUGCAAUGUGGAGAUUCUAAACUUACACUAGGAAAGUCUAAACUAACAACUUCAUCCUCAGACAUAAAAUAGUUUUAAUAUUCAAUUGAUGUACAAAGUUAAAUUGUUUAUCUUUAAUCUUAAAAUAUGCAAUAUGUUUAACAUUUGUUGAAAAGCAGUGUGUUGCCUACCAGUUUUGUUUUUUUGCCUUCAUUAUUUGUAAGAUUUCAUUUAAAUCUUAUUAGAAUGUUUACCUGAACCAUUCUUCAGCAAUAAAACUGAAAUGGAAUACUCAGUUACAGGAGAGUAUUUCUCUACAAGUGCCGUGUCCCAAUGCUUAUGCAUGCUACUCAAUUGGUUGAACACUCUUGGGCAUAUUCGAAUGUACCAUAAUAAAGAAUAUUAAAACCAUGUUUAUGCUAGCUGCAGUGAAAGGCUGUCAAGGUUGGAAAGCUGUUGAAGUUGUCUGGAAGAGUAACAUUAAAGAAGGGCUUGUGCUACAGAACAGUGAAAAGACAAAUAGGAUUGAAAUACUUGUUGGAUUUAUGGGGCAAAAUUCUGCCCCUAUGAAGUCAGUGGGGCCAGGAUUUCACACCCGUUUUAAAUAUUUGUGUAGCUUUUAAAUCUGAGCCCCUAAGUCUAGCAAAGCACUUAAGCAGUUUCAUAACUUUAAGCACAAGUAGUCCCGGUGACUUCACUAUGACUAUUCCUGCUUAAAAUUAUGCAAGUACUUAAGUACUUUAGUGGAUCAGGGCCCAUAUAAAGUGUUUUUUUUAACACUAUAAAAGUAAUCAUAUGUAAACUAUGUUUUUAUCCAAUAGUGGCAUGACUAAAAACUGAAGGAUUUCAGUGAUCUUGUGUCAGAAUAAGAGAACACAUUAAUUCAAAUUGCUGUGAGUUUAAAGUUGAAAUGCUGGGGACAGACAGCAGACCUUUAUUGGUGAAAGGUCUUCAGCUCUGGAAUUCAAUCAUCCAUAGCAUCCACCAAUGCUCAAGCAGGACAGGCAGCCUUUAGGGUAAAAUGCAAGAUCUUUCCCUUCAAUCUGGAUUUCUAUGUGAGAUUUUUCAGCUGGCUGAGGUGAUUGAUUUGCUUUUAUGGUCAUUAUUUGGCCCUGAUACAAUAAAAGUUAAAGUUCAGUCCUGAAGUAUCUUCCAAAAUUCAAACAAAAUUAUAUUUUCACCAGUUCCAGAAAGCUCUGAAGCUUCAUUCAUUGCCACUGAAAGUUAGAAUUCCUCAAAGCACCCCAUCCCAACCACAGGACUCAGGUGAUGAAGUCUGCACUAUUUUGCCCAUUGAAUGUGUUGUUUUGGAAAAGUAGGGAAUGUCCACUUCUCAAAUAGCCUUGCCUUUGUGCACUGUUUUUUUUUUAAAUCUGUAGUCACUUAAAGUAGGAUAUUUCAGAUAUGUAGCAAGGGUCAGAAAGGGAAAAAAAAAUCUGUCUGAUUUAAUUUUCAAAAAAGUCAAGGACAUUUAAAAACAGAGUGAACAUUAAUUAUCCUGUAACAGAUUCUAGUCACUUUUCAGGAUUAAGAUACCCUGCAUGUGUUCACAUAAGAGUAAUUUUCUUGGCACUUGAUAGCUUUUUUCCUAAAGAUAAAAUACUUUGAUUAAACUUUGCAAUGAAAAAUUUCAAAGAUGGUUGGUAGUGUGAUCAAAAAUGCAUGGGGAAAGAAUAUCUAUGAAAUGUCAAUAUUUCUCGUGUGAUUAUAGCCAUACCCAGCAUAUGGAGCAGUCACAUUCAAAAAAUACUUAAACCAACAACUUUGUUCACAGUUCUCAGAGCCCAAACUUCAUUGCUCUUGCUCUCACAAGGAGUUUGAUUAAAGAAAUCAAUAGGAUUACUUGUAUGAAUAAAUAGAGCAAGACUUGGCCUAGUAAGUGUAACCAAAAUAGACAACACAAAUCUACUGCUAAAGCAGCUUUUCUUUUAGAAAAAGAUGCUGCUCCUACUGGUCUUGCUGCUCUUUCACUUCAAAACAAAUGAAAUGCAAGACUUUUGAGCAUCAUCAGAUGCAUCUAGGGGACCAGUGUUAAUAGCAUGGUUAAAAUAAUCUACUUUUAGUGCCUCAAAGUUUGUGUAUGUAAUGCACUGUUUCCUUGUUUAUCUCCUUAGGUAGCAACUACCAAUUAUCUACCAAUAUAAUGCUCAUUAAUCUUUUCAAAAGUUUUAAUUAAAAUGAACAUGGAAAGAACCACCUUAUUUAAUGAAUAAAGAAACCAUGCACAGCGGUCCUCAAUUCCUGUAUUUUUUUUCUUAGUGCUGCAUAUUUUAUGCAUAAAUAUUAAUACUGGCUCAACAUAACCAACAUAAAAAACAAAUUAAAAAUAUACAAAGAAAAACAUUUCAUGCACACACACAGAACAGAUAUCAUGACCUUAAGAAUUCAUUCCUAAACAAAGUGUUCAUUUGGGGGAGGGAUGAGAAUCAGGCACACCCCGCUAGGACUAUGAAGGGAACUGAAUGUAGUGGAACAGAUGCAGGUCCCUUGCACAGGGAAAGCAGGUGAGCCAGGGUUCCUGGAACUUAUGCAGGAGUGUUAUGUGCCCCUUUCCACAUGAGUUUUUUCCAUGCCAGUGUAGAGGCAUGCAGGGCUUGUGGAUCAAGGACUCUGCCAAUCCACUGACCACUGGCCUUUCAGGAAAGGAAUGACAUGGGCAGCAGACAGUGUAGCCAAGCAGUUGCAAAACAGUUUAUCACUGUUCGGCAGGCUAGUAGGGAGGCCCUUCCCCUGCAGGACCAUAUGCAUCCAGCCUGUUUACUGUAGCUUAGCACUGGGGAAAAGAGGAUUCACUCCAAAAAGUAAAGUUUUUCCUCUGCUAAUUAUCAUUUUCUUCAAGAUUUUCUAUUACUUUAGAAAUCUAAGCCCCUGACUUACUUUUUUACCUUGCAGACUAUCUUGGGCUAUCCUGGAAGAUGACAUUACUCAUAUUUUGAAAUGUUAGUGAUUGCUCUUCCUUCUGAAGUUUAAACAUUUCCUGCUUCUCCUCCUCAACCAUGAAACAGGAGGAGACUGGCCACAUUGUUCCUUCCCAAGACAGUACAAGUUGAGAGAUAGGGGGAAGAGAAGUACUUUGAGAGGGAGAAUCAGGUCUGGGGCUAGGAA